GCCGCGCGGAGGAGGAAGAGGGCGAGCGGCGGGGGGAGGAAGGAGUCAGCGGGGGCCGAGGUACCCGGAGCGGUACCGGCGCCGCCCAUGGCCGCGGGGCCGGCCCGGGAGCCGCUUCCCCGCCGGGCCUGCUCGGGGCCGCGCCGAGGCAGCAGCGGGCGCUGACCGCCGGGGCCGGGCCCUCAGCGGGGGGCGCCCCUCGCGCCCCCCCCCCUCCUCGGGCCGCGAUGUCCGAGAACAACCAGCCCCACGCCGCGCACCAGCACCCCGCCACCCACGGCGGGGCCGCCGGGGGGAACGGGCGCGGGGUGCGGAACCCCAACGGCAACCAGAACCCGCUGAUCAACGUGCGCGACCGCCUCUUCCACGCGCUCUUCUUCAAGAUGGCAGUGACCUACGCCCGGCUCUUCCCGCCCGCCUUCCGACGCGUCUUCGAGUUCUUCGUCCUGCUCAAGGCUCUCUUCGUGCUCUUCAUCCUGGCCUACAUCCACAUCGCCUUCUCCCGCUCGCCCAUUAACUGCUUGGAGCACGUGCGAGACAAAUGGCCGCGCGACGGCAUCUUGCGGGUGGAAAUACAGCGCAACUCGAGCCGGGCCCCCAUCUUCCUGCAGUUCUGCGGUGUUGAGAAGUUCCCAGGAAUGGUGGCUGAGCCCACAGCUGAGGAAGAAGAGGAGGAAGAGGAGGAAAUGACUGUGGAUAUGUUUGAGAACAGCUCCAUCAAGUUUGAGCUGGAUAUCGAGCCCAAGGUGUUCCUCAAGCCGUCCCGGGUGAGCAGCACCGAGGCGCUGAGCCACAACGAAAGCCAGGAGUUCUCGUUUAGUGAAGCAGCCCCUAAAGGUAUGCAGCCUCUGCGGGAGACUGUGUCCGAGUUUGAGAUGCUAACCAGAGCAGUGUGGCCGCAGGAGGAGUACAUCGUGGAGUACUCCUUGGAGUACGGCUUUCUGCGCCUGUCCCAGAGCACGCGCCAGCGCCUCAGCAUCCCCGUCAUGGUGGUGACUUUGGAUCCUACCAGGGAUCAGUGCUUUGGGGACAGAUUCAGUCGUCUGUUGCUGGAUGAGUUCCUGGGUUACGAUGACAUCCUGAUGUCAAGUGUCAAAGCCUUGGCUGAAAAUGAAGAGAACAAAGGUUUCCUUCGCAACGUGGUGUCUGGAGAGCACUACCGCUUUGUCAGCAUGUGGAUGGCUAGGACGUCCUACCUGGCAGCCUUUGUCAUCAUGGUCAUAUUUACUCUGUCCGUUUCGAUGCUGUUGCGCUACUCGCACCAUCAGAUUUUUGUCUUCAUUGUUGACCUGUUACAGAUGCUGGAAAUGAACAUGACAAUCGCAUUCCCUGCGGCUCCCCUGCUCACUGUCAUCCUGGCCCUAGUAGGUAUGGAGGCCAUUAUGUCGGAGUUCUUCAACGACACCACGACUGCGUUUUACAUCAUCCUCAUCGUGUGGCUGGCUGACCAGUACGAUGCUAUUUGCUGCCACACCAACACAAGCAAGAGGCAUUGGCUCAGGUUCUUCUAUCUGUACCACUUUGCCUUCUAUGCUUACCACUACCGAUUCAACGGGCAGUACAGCAGCCUGGCUCUCGUCACCUCAUGGCUGUUCAUCCAGCAUUCGAUGAUUUACUUCUUCCACCACUACGAGCUGCCGGCUAUUCUCCAGCAGAUCAGGAUCCAGGAGAUGCUGCUGCAGAACCAGCAGGUGGGCCAAGGGACGCAGACGACGCUCCAAGACAACCUCAACAACAACACUACCGCUGCCCCCGUUGAGGUGGGGAGCCGUCGGCCCCACCUGGCCGCUGGCCCUUCCGGGGAGAGCAGCGGCCCGGCGGCGCUGACCCCCAGCGAGGCCUCCAGCGUCAUCGCCGCUGCCACGGCGGCGUCGGUUGGGAGCGACCUGAACUGGGUCGCUGAGACAGCCGCCAUCGUCACGGAAGCCUCGUUUCUCUCUGACCUGAGCUCUACCCUGCUGGAGCCAAACGUGGUGCACGAAGCCAUGGCCAGCGGGAGCCCUCAGGACGCCGCCGCCUCCAGCCUGGUUGCCCGCAUCAGGGUCAGCAGUGACCACCCGGAGACUGCUGUGGGCUCCAUCACCAUCGAAGUCACUUCGACGGCUGUGGUUGCUGCUGCAGACGUGCCCCCCGCCACAGAGGCGGCAGCGGCCGCGCCCCCCGGCCUGGCCCAGGAGGACGGGGCCUCUGUCCCCAGCCCGUCCCCUCCUGAGCAGACUGAGGCCGUGCGGGGCUCAGACAGCCAAGCAAAACCUAGCGGCAAGAACUGUGCUGCGGCCAGCGGCGGGGCAGAGACCCCCCCAGCCACUGGGGAGAACUCUGAUCAGGACAAACGCUCGGGCCGUGCUCUGGGGGACCGGGGGGAGAGCAGCCCUUGCCCAGCACCAGCAGAUAGUACAGCUAGCUCCGGGCCGUGCUCGGAGCCAGACUCGAGGAGCCUGUCUUGAGUCCCUGUUCCUGUCCUUCUGGACUGCCAGGAAGGCAUCUGGAUUUCGUUUGUUACUAUUUCUCACUUCACCAUCAUCCUUAACCCAUGAAUUCCUCUUAGUGGAGGCAGAGCAGCUGGGACAGAGACAAGGUGCUGCGGUGAACUCCCCUGGGAAAAGCGCGUGUGUGCUCGUGUACGAGAGGAGAGGCUGGCGCGUGUCGGACUGCUCGGUGCCAGCUGCUCCCCGUGGGGAGGGCGCGAGGCGUGAUGGCUCCCGGGGCUUUGUGCUGCCCCUGGGGCUGCGGGCGAGCUGCCUGGCUGUGUCCUCCCUGCCACCAGCUCAGUGUCACAGCUUUUCCCCGGCUUUGCCCCCUGAGGUUGUGUUUGCAGUCCGGGCAUUGCUUGCAGCCGUGAGCUGAUUUGUGACGAACCACGUGUGGGUGUGUGGCAGCUCUGGUUAGAGCAGCGACCGCGUGUGAGCAGGGAGAGCAUCUUCAGCAGUGCUUGGGAGAAAACUGGUAAACUUUCCUUCUCCAGGGGAAAAGAAGCUCCACACCUUCCCCUGACACCAGAGCUGCUCCCCGCAGAGCAAAGCUGGGCAAUAACCAAAGCAGAAGCUGCAUUUUAGCCCUUUUUUUUUUCUCCCUUGAAUUUCCCUUGGUCGGUGGGUUGGGGUGGUAGAAGCUGCCACAUGCAGGUCAGAGCAUCCACCCCAGGAAAGGGGCACUUGGCCGUGCCUGGAAGCAGUGGAGAAAACGUCUCAGCCCUGGAGAAGCACUCUGCCCUCUGCUGCUGGUGAUCCCUGCAAGGCUUCCCUCCUUCAGCCCCUCUUAAGUGCAUGUGGCCAGCAUAAAGCGGGAGCUCCUA